CCUUACAUCGUUUAUGAUUUGCUGAACCAUGAAAAUAAAUAUAAAUGACGAGCUAUUUCAUUACUGAACUGCGUUGGAUAUAUUUACUUAUUUGAAUUACACAGGUGAAUACCUGCGAAGGAAUUUCGCGUUCCUGAUCAAGAUCUGUGACUUUGGCAUAGCGAAUAUUACACAGCCUCUCCGAUCUGGCUGUCAUCUAGAGGAUUGUUGCUAUUUACCUAACACAUCCUUAAAAUGGCAAGUCGAUCAUUCGAUGACGUGAUACAAAGUAUCGACAAAGAUGUCGUUGAAGUGGAAACUACUGAGCACAGUUUCAACAAAGAGGGAACUGCUGAAUUAGAAAGGACCGAGCAAACUGACGAGCAAGAUGAUAUUACUGUUAAACUAAAAUUAGGCAACCGAAGUGAUAGACAAGUAAAAACUGCUGGGCUGGAAAGGGUGAAGCAAAAUGACAACCAAGGUAAAAGCGUUGGACUAAAAAGAGCCAAACCAAAUAAUGACUUAGAUAAAACCGCUGGAUUAAAAAGGGUGAUGCAAAAUGAUGACCAAGGUGAACCUGUUGACCUUAAAAGGACAAAAAGUGGCGACAGUCACGAAAUUGAUGAAUGUAAAGCGGUAAAGCAAAAUGACAACCUAAAUGAAACAGAUGAACUUAAAAAGGUCAAGCUCACUAACGACCAAAAUGAAAAUAGUAAACUGGAGGAUGAGCAAAAUAAUAUCGGACGAAACGAACUAAAUGACACGAAGAAGGCCAAGACAAAUGAUUAUAAGGACGAAAAUGUUGAAUCAAUGAGUGAAUGGCAAAUUGACGUUAAAAGACAGAAGUGGGAUAAUGUGCAAAAUUGUCUUAUUGUUGGGGGCAUUGGUCAACCUAUAGGAUAUAAAUUACAAGAUAUUGUUCCGAGAGGUGAUGCACCUUAUCCAAGACCUCCUCCAGCACCGGCACCGCCCCCGCCUGAUCUCCUUGAUCAACAUAAUCCUGGAUUUUUAUGUUAGUAUAUAUUGAAACAUUCGACAUAUUGUUUAAAUGCAUUUUUUACUGUCAUUUAUAACUUAGCCUUUCUCAAUAUGGAAUUUCUUUGAAGAAAACCCUUAUUCGGCGUUAGCUUGAGACUGUAAACGGGUUCAAUGUCUGAAUAACUCUUGUGUCUGCAAAUUGGUAGAGAGUUUAUAUAUUCACUUGUGCUUAAUGAAUUCAGGAUUUACUUUCGAAGUAUGAGUUUUUCAUUUAGAAACUCGGAGAUUACGUUUUAUGAAGCUGUGAGAAGGUCCAAAUACAUACGUUGGAACACCA